AUGUAUACAAAAGUAUCUACUGACUAUGAUCUUUAUGGUGUUAAAAUUGGCAUCAACGAUCGUUUCCUUAUCAGUGCAGACAAUAUACUUUCACUCUGGUGGAUUGAAUUUAUUCCUCAUACGAACAGUUCCGGUUGUACACUAUCAUUUAAUUUGACAACCUGCGAUUUUAUGUUUAGUAUCUCUGUUCCGGUCGCCAAUAACGCUUCAUUCGUUUAUAACUGCGUCAAUGUUCUAGGACGUAAUGUAAUUGGUCACAUUACUGGUCAUGAUACAUGCAGCAGUUUUCAAUUGAUCAAUGAGCAAAUUGUUUCGAAUUAUUCGACGCAGGACAACUUUGUUAUCGAUAUCGAUGGUGCAGGUACGGGCAUGUAUGGUUUUGCCGAUGAUUUUAUACUCUUUUAUCAAUUGUAUCCAACACAUCAGCUAACUGUAUGGUCAAAUAGUCUUGAUAUUUCUCCUCGAGCAUUCGAUAUGGGCUUGAACCAAGAAUAUGGUGUUCUCGUUGGAUAUUGUCAAAUAACACCAACAUCGGCCAAAGAAUGUGCUUUUCUGCUGCAUUUAAAUACAUCCAUUUUAUGUCCUGCUUCUAUCGGUGAAUUUCCUAUUUCUAGCAUCUUCAAAUAUCCAUGGAAUGAUCCUCGUUCUAUCCAUUAUAUUGCACAAAGUCGUGUCUAUUCCGAACAACUGGUUUUGUCCGUCGCUAUUGCUUGGCAUACUCAACGUGUACUCAUUGGCAUACCUUCGUUAAAUACUGUCUUGUUAUAUGCACUGAAUGAUACUACAAAACUACUGGGUACUCGUCAGAAUGGUAUUGGAUACAUGGGAUACGGUAAGAGUGUCGCAUGGUUGGAUGCGACUAACUCGAAAGUAGCUAUACUAGCGAAUAUUUAUACAUAUGCAACUUAUCAAUGGGUUUCGUCGUCAGUGCAUGUGUAUGACAUACAAUCUGACGAGUUUACUGAUGCAACUCAACCGAUUUUAGUCUAUCCGAAUAGUCAACAAAUUCUUCAGCUACUCAUGGACUCAUCAUUUAUCCGCAUCACGAGCUCGUCCACUGGCCACUUGGGCGUUUUCGAUCGGUUGGGUAAUUCAAUGGGUAUGCUGUCAGUGCCAGCAGGUACUUAUUCGGACACAAGUACAAGUUCAUAUAUAUCCUGUGCUACACCUUGCACUCGCGGUACUACGCGUGAUUACACUGGAAUCGAACUAUGUUAUCCUUAUUCUCCAGUAUCAUAUAAUUGCUCUGCAGAGCACUUUUGUCCAUAUGGAGCAGUCGGUCGAGUUUCUUAUUCGGUAUUUGAAUCCAUUGAACAAGAUCAAGACUAUCCCGAAUCACCAGAAAAUAUUGUCUUCGAUGAUUUACUCAUGCAAAAUAUGUUCACAAUUAAUGUUAAAUCGGCUCACUGUUUACUCGUCUCGCCCGUCUCUUGGGUACUUUUUGUUAUGAUUAUCGGCUCAAUCAUCGCCACUCUUGUAGUGAUUUCCGAAGCAUUUUGCUCCAAUCGACAUAUGAUACGCGAUCAGAUAAAAGGAAUCUUCAAAAAGAUGGACCUCAUCGGUGAAGGAGAAUUAUGGAUCGGUGGUUUAACAUCGGCUGCAAUAAUUGUACUGAUCGUUUCAGCAUACAGUUUUUCAAAUGCAUUUCUUCAUCAGUAUCCCGUUGAACAAGUUACUAAGAAUAGUACGUUCGCAUGUGAUGUUACCUUACGCAAUGCAAAAUUUAGUACAUCGACGCAGAAAAGAUGGGAUUCGCGCCGUACGACUAAGGAAAGUCAGCCUAUGUUUGACCUAUUGAACGCACAACCAUUUACACUUAACAUUGAUCUCGUUCAAACAGCGUUCACGUGUACUGAUUAUUUCUACGUACAGCGUAUUAAAGCUGAUAAAAUUACGACUUUACCAAUCACUAAAUGUGAAAUGAAGUAUAAUGAGACUACUCUAAGUUUAGCUAUUUUACUUCCAGUGCAAGAAAUAAAUGUUCAGUUGAUACUACCGGGGUUGAAAACAAUCGGAGCCAUUCGAAUUGGUUUGAGCGGACCAGCAGCAGAAGCAGAGGAUGGAAGGUUUCAAUUGAUGGAAUUGAAUUUUGCUUCAACAUUUGUUUCGUCAUCAGCUGAUCAAGUUCUUGCCGAAUCGAUCGUGUUCCCCAUCGAGCUAACACAGAUUAUUAAUCAAACUGACCCACUGGAUACGCAAGGAUCACCAUCCUUCGGUGGGAUUUGGUCAUCGUCAUUUACUGUGAAUUCCGAUGAAUUAUUCAGCAACGAAAGUCGAUACACAUUUUUCUAUCGUACGCAAACGAACAUCAGUGUUACUAUCGAACAGAGUAUAUUCUACAUCAGUAAUCUUCAGCAACCUAUUGCGCGACAAACGGAAAUCAUCUUCCGUAGUCUCCUUUUUACUACAGUCGUCUUAGAAGUUUUCGGUCUUCUAUUUCUUCUGAUUAAAUUAUUGAUGAUUCCGAUGUUUCGUAUGCUCUCGAAUCACAUCUGUCGAAAAUUUCGUACAAACGAGACGAGUCCAGCCGAGAACUUGGUUAUUUUAGUAAUUGAUAAGAACAAAUCGACCAAUAUAGAUCAAUCGCAAUUCGUUAAGCAAAAGCCGCAUCGCAGAUGGUCAACCCUCACAAACAUUGCACCAAUUCCAAAAUAG